AUGGCUUACAUAGCUCCCAUCCACCGCCCAAGCAGCGCGCGCCAUGCGAUCCGCGCUCAUAUUUUCUCCGAAAAUGAGGAGAGCUUGGUGCUCGCAAAAGCUAAUCGACUAGAGAUAUGGCUACUAUCCGAAGGCGCUCUUUCCCUCGCCACCUCCAAGGCCGUCAACGGCACUAUCACCAUCCUCCAGAAGCUCCGUCCGAAAGACUCCAAGACCGACCUUUUGUUCAUCGGCACCGAGAGGUUCCAAUAUUUCACUUUAACAUGGAAUUCGGAUACGAGGAGAUUGGAUUCAACAGACACAAUAUUGGACCCUGGCGAAAGGCACAUGCGGGAUUCGCAGAGUCAGGACCGGUGCCUUGUUGACCCGUCUGGGCGAUACCUAAUGAUGCAUCUUUGGGAGGGCGUGUUGACAAUGUUGCGGCUGGGAGAGCGGAAAAAUAAACUCAUGAUGACCUGGCGGAACCAGGUCCGAUUGUCAGAACUCUUCAUUCGAGCCAGCACAUUUCUGUACACCGAGACAGGGCAGCCCAAGAUCGCCUUUCUCUACCAGAGCCGCGCCGACGCGACCGACGCGAAGCUUGCAACCUACCGGGUGACGGCAGACGAUCGAAACAUCGAGCCAUCCAAGUUUGACCCCGACCGCGAUCGAGACAUCGAUACCGACAUUCCCGACUCGAGCGCAUCCAUGCUGAUACCCGUCCGGAAGGUCGAAGAGGAGGUCAAACGGCACAAUGUACGGAACGUUGAGUCUGCCAAGGCGCAUAUUGGCGGGUUGAUUGUAGUAGGCGAGACAAGACUGCUCUACAUUGACGAAGUCACAAAAGCUACGGUACAGUCAGCCUUGAAAGAGGCGUCCGUCUUCGUGGCCUGGGCUGAGUAUAAUGCGGUCAAUUAUUUUCUGGCUGACGACUACGGGAAUCUCCACCUACUCACCCUCAUUACUGAGGACGCCGACAGUGUUGUGGUGACAGGCAUGGAUGUAAAUUUCAUCGGCAAGGCGUCCCGCGCAUCAAAUUUGGUGUAUUUAGGGGAUGACCUCCUCUUUGUCGCGUCACACUAUGGUGACAGCCAGUUGUUUCGCCUCAAUCUUCACAGCGAAGAUUCUAAGACGCUCAUCCAACUUGUUGAAACGUUGCCGAACAUCGGCCCUAUCCUAGAUUUUGCCAUCAUGGAUAUGGGCAACAGGGGCGAUGAGGGCCAGCUAGGGAAUGAGUUCUCAUCCGGCCAAGCCCGCAUCGUCACAUGUAGCGGCGUGCACAAAGAUGGGUCCCUUCGGAGUGUGAGAAGUGGCGUUGGUCUAGAAGAUGUGGGCAUCCUCGCCGACUUGGAACACUGCCGGGGGCUGUUCUCCCUUAAAAGCUCGGGGGCUGCAAAAGCCGACGUCCUGGCUGUGUCAUUCUUGACCGAGACGCGGAUGUUCAAGUUUGACCCACAAGGGGAAGUAGAAGAGGUGGAAUCGUUCGGAGGAUUGGCGUUCACCGAGCAAACGCUAUUAGCGCGCAACCUUCCGACGGGGCAUAUUCUUCAAGUCACACCAACAGCGGCUACGCUUCUUGAUGUCGAAAGCGGUGUCACAAUAACAUCGUGGACACCGACCGAAGGGAAAAGCAUCAUCAGUGCUUCGGCAAACGAUGACUGGCUCCUCCUUUCCGUAGAAGGCACGGAACUUGUUUCACUUACGAUGGCGACGGACCUGAGGGUAGCUGGACAAAAGGACAUCGGCAAGCAGGACCAGAUUGCAUGCCUUCAUGUUUCUCCUCACAAAUUCGAUGUCGGCGUGGUUGGGUUCUGGUCCUCGGGGACUGUCUCCAUCAUUGACCUGAAGACUCUGGAGCCAAUCCAUGGCGAGUCACUCCGGGCCUCCCAGGAUGACGCCUCUAUCCCUCGGGAUCUUGCGCUGAUCCAAAUUCUCCCGCCUGAGGUGGCAGGCCUGACCUUAUUUGCCUCCAUGCAAGAUGGCAACGUUGUCACCUUCAACGUCUCCGCCCCUGGCUUCGCUUUGUCCGGACGGAAGCGUGUCAUCCUAGGAACCCGCCAAGCACGUUUCCACCUGCUGCCGCAGCCGGACGGCCUUAUGUACAGCGUCUUCGCCACCACGGAACACCCCAGCCUCAUCUACAGCUCCGAGGGGCGCAUUGUUUACUCCGCGGUCACCGCCGAGGAGGCCACCUAUAUCUGCCCGUUCGACGCAGAGGCUUUCCCGGGCUGCAUCGCCUUGGCUACGGACGGGCAGCUCCGGAUCUCACAGAUCGAUCGUGAACGCCGCACGCACGUGAAGUCGUUACCCAUGGGCGAAAUGGUGCGGCGAAUUGCCUACUCGCCCAAGGAGAAAAUUUUUGGGCUGGGCUGUAUCCGGCGUGAUCUCGUUGCGGGCGAGGAGCGGGUGCAGUCGUCCUUCAAGCUCGUUGAUGAGAUCGUUUUCGACCGUGUCGGCAAAUCCUACACACUUGGCAACCCGUCCCGCACCGAGUUGGUCGAGUGUGUUGUGCGCGCCGAGUUGUUAGACUCAUACGGCAACCCAGCUGAGCGGUUUCUCGUUGGGACCAGCUAUCUGCCGGACCCCGACUAUGGGCCAGCUUCGGGCCCCAGCGGCGACAUGAGGGGCCGGAUACUGGUUUUCGGCCUGGAUAGUGAAAGAAAUCCUGCACUUAUCCUUAGCCAUGAACUAAAGGGCGCUUGUCGGUGCCUCGCGGUGUUAGACGAUAGGAACAUCGUGGCUGGCCUGACCAAGACUGUUGUAGUCUGUGGUUACGAAGAGACAUCGACCACGAGCGGAGAGAUAACACGGUUGGCAUCUUACCGCCCUUCGAGCUACCCAGCUGAGAUCAGCGUUGAGGGCAACACCAUUGCCGUCGCGGACCUAAUGAAGUCGGUCUCGCUCGUCGAAUAUGUGCCUGGCCCCACGCCAAAGUUGGUGGAGAAGGCGCGGCAUUUCGGCAGCGUAUGGGCGACAGCGGCGGGGCAUGUGGAAGAAGGCAGCUGGCUAGAGGCGGACGCACAGGGGAACCUAUUGGUGUUAAGGGAGAACGUAGAGGGGGUUACGGCAGAGGAUAAGAGGAGGCUAGAGGUGACGAGCGAGAUCAACUUGGGCGAGAUGGUGAAUCGGAUUCGGGCUGUGGAGGUGGAGACUACCCCCGGAGCGAUGAUUGUGCCGAAGGCAUUCUUAGGGACGGUUGAGGGUGGUAUAUACAUGUUUGGAACAGUCGCACCACAUGUUCAAGAUCUCUUACUGCGGUUCCAGACAAAGUUGGCGGAUACCCUGACGACAGCUGGGGACAUAGAAUGGAGGACAUACAGGUCGUUCAGGAAUGCAGAACGGGAGGGCGAUGGGCCAUUCCGGUUCAUCGACGGGGAGAUGAUAGAGAGAUUUCUGGAUUUGGAUGAACCAACGCAGGAGAAUGUUUGCAAGGGGCUCGGUCCAUCUGUUGAGGAUCUACGAAAUUUGGUGGAAGAACUCCGGCGGAUGCAUUAG